AUGGUGCCUCUUGUGUGCUUGAGGGCAUUGGCCCUCUUCAUGGCCUGCGUAGUGGUGUUGGGCAAGAACUUUGGACCUCCCCAACGUCGACAAGAUGCUGCUCGACAAAAGAUCAAGGGACCAAGAAAUAAGUCUCCGGUUGUUAAAGCAACAGGAGACAUAAGUUUCGGCAGUGAAGGACACAAGCAACCGCUGCAACGAAGAACAACAGUCCCUGAAGAUCACGUCUUCUUUGACAACUACCAGGCAAAUUUCUCCUGGUCUGAUCCUGCAGUUCGAGCUGGCCUUGGCAUCCGAGGCCCAGUCGGCGAUUCCAGCCAUCUUGAUCAUUAUGGUGCCCUUUUCAAGCGCACGCCUGGUAGCUUUCCCGGAUCGGAUGCCAGCAAUCCUGCCUUUAGAGCCGCCAGUUGCCUCGGGUGUCUCAAGCGCCAGAAUGGAGAACCCGUAAAAAGUACAAUCGCAGAGCUGAGCACGACAUAUCUCGAAAGCAAGCUGCUCAAAAGAGGCCCAGAGCUUUUGGGAAAAUGUGUAUUUUAUACAUCAGUCCCUGGCUGGCUAGAAGACCCCCAAGAGAAAUUCGACCGCAGACUGCUUGGAGGCAAUGAGCAUCCAGGACUUUCCAAGAUUGCAACAGAUUGGGCAUGCGGUAAAGGGUACUACACCAUAUGGAAUCUGUUUUCAGGCAAGAACUCGGUUACUGGGUCAAACCAACAAGCUGACGACCCCACACAAUAUAACUUUUGGGAAGUGUAUGUCAAGGGUAGUUGGUUGAACUUUUUGGAAAUCAAUGGCGAACAGUUCCAAUACUUUGAGAACAUGUCCGAGGCCAUGGCGAGUCAAUGUGGAGGUGUUGUCUAUGUCAUGACUAUGAGACCACAGAGACUGUUCAAGUAUCAGUUCAUCUGGGGUACCAAGGAAUGGCCGAGGCUCAAGGCAAGAAAAGACGCUGGAGGUCCGUUGGCCCCAACAAUGUUGGUCUCGAUCGAUGCCGCCAAGCCCACCGACCAAUACGAAAUCGAUUUCGACACACAAACAGUAAUCAGGAAGUUAUCAAAGAGAGAUGCAAAUUACUUACCUGUCGAUGAACUCCCUGGUCCUCACAAGAGAGACACUUGCUCCUCGAAUGUCAACUACGAGCGACCUGACGAUGAUUGGUUUGGAUAA